UACAGGAUUAUUUCGAAAAUGAGUUUUUCCGGGUCCCAAUGUUGCUGAUGGCAACUGCAGCUGCCGUAACACGAGGAUGAUGUGUGUAAUCUCCGACUUCAACACGCAGGGGACAUCGUCAACUCUAUAGUUGUCAAGAUGUGCUGUACGACCCUGGUAUGGAUUACCUGAUUUGUACAGCAGGGAUAUAAGACAUUGGCUCGACUCCCCAUUGCCUAACCAGCAGUUGCUUAAUAUCAAUGGAAUUGAUCAUACAAGUUUUUAACAUUAACUUUUUACCAUCUUGAGGUGAAUGAACAGACGCAAUUUCGAACUAUUCAUCUGCACCAACCUAUUCCCCCCACUACACAUAAUCGGCUGUUCCAUGUAGUAAGGGUGAGUCUAUGUUCGAGGAGAAGAAGGGGUGUUGUUGUGUGUCUCAGUCAGGCAGUAGUGUGCGGACCGGCAGUAUGGUGGAAUGCCAUGCUGUUGCAUAGGCCCUCACUGUAUCUGCGUGCAGCCGUCCUGUUGGCCAUAUGUGUGGUGGUGCUGUUCAACUUCCACAUCCUCAGCUCAUCCAGCAACGCCACCUCAGAAUCCAAUGACCCUCUGAACUCUGGCCUGGUCCCGAUCAUCAACCAGCUGAACGGCGUCCCGCUCCAGCGCCGCCUGACUAAUGUGCAGGAGAACCUGGCCUUCAUUCCCAGGAACAUCCACCUCCUGGACCUGAAGCAGAGCCUGGUGGUGCCAGACUUCAAAUGUGUGUUGUCUCAGACUGAUCCCAGCUUCCCAAUCUGUGUGUAUCCCCCUGAGCAGGACAAGUUCAUCUCCGGGGCGCUGCUGCACAGUGGUGUGUGGGAGCCCUACAUCACCAAGGUCUUCAAGAAGGCUCUGCAGAAACACCCCAAUGCUGUGGUACUGGACGUGGGGGCAAACAUAGGUUACUACAGUUUCCUGGCUGCGAAGAUGGGCCACAUGGUUGUUGCGAUUGAACCAGCUGAGGAGAACGUGUGGCGGUUUCACAAAGGCGCCCAACUUGGUCGCCUCACUGAUGUCAUAUACCUGCUUCAGAACGCCAUGUCUGACAAACAUCAAAACAUCACACUGAUCACCAACAAGGACAAUCAGGGCGGAAUCCGAGUCACUGAGGGCGCUGAUCAAGGGGAGACAAUUGGCACAGUUACCAUGGACGACCUCCUGUAUUUAAUGAGACCGGCGGAAGUUAUCAUAAAAAUUGACAUAGAGGGCUAUGAGUGCAAAGCGAUGGCCAAGUCUGCCCAAUUGUUCCAGCAGGUUCAUGUGCCUUACAUCUUCAUGGAAUGGCAGCAGAUGUUCAAACGGCGCAUGUCCGACACUGCCUGCCCACCAUACGCCAUGCAACAGCUCACGGACAUGCUUACACAGCGAGGCUACAGUGCACAUGAAGUUCGGACAGGCAUCACGAUGAGUCCAGAGGAGAGCACAAUCAGAUGGAGAGUUGGAGACAUCUACUGGAGACAUCAGACACAACCACUGUUGUUCCCGCCACUUUGAGGAGCAGCCAUAUUGGAGCGUCUGCUCCUGCCUGAUUCUCGAUGGUCACCAAGGGGCACUGUUGGUGUUUUGAGGUUUAGAGCUGGGUCCUUGGAUGUCAAGUCCACUGAUUUGUAUUCAGAGGUUAUUGCUGGACCUAUGGUUCUUUGAUUUGAGAACAAGAUCAAACAGAACGAAAGUUGUAUUGACCUCCCACAGGUGGCUAUAAUAGCCUGUGCUGACGGCUUCAUAACAGCUAUUUGCAUAAAUGAGGAAACGUAAUGUUCAAAUUUCUAAGCUUGAACAGGUGCACAGAACAAUUGUAUGGAGGCCUUUCAUUUAGCAAUCUGAUUUACAGAUUAUUUACACCCAAAUCACUAAGCACCGUUAUGUUGUCGGACAAAAUAAGAUUAACAUGAAAUAUUGAAAACAUAAAAAAAUAUUCUUGAUCAGCAUGAUCAUGGGAAAUCUUUUUUUUUAAAACCCCAACAUUUUGGGUAAAUACCAUUUCCUUUUAACUCACUUUGAACAUGCUAAAUUUUUAAUCGUUACUGAAAUAUGUUAAUUUACUGAAAUAAGUUAAUUUACUCCUCAAAAUUUGGAUUUUAUUCCUGGAUUAUUUACCAUGUUACCAAACUGGCAAGAGUAAUACUUCAACAUAGAGCAAUAUUUCACUAUACAGUACAUAUAUAUAGACAUGCAUGUAAUAUGUGUAACACCCAUAUACAUGAAAUACCACUUGAGAAGAAGCAUCUCUUUGAACAUAUGCUUGCAUACUUUGUCUCAUGUGAGAUUGAGAAUUCCAUUUGACAAAACAAAUUAUAUGCCUUCAUCAAUUUAGUCAGCACAAAGUGUAUUUUUGACUCAUAAACACUGCUCCAGCUUCAGUUGUCGGAGAUGCUCAUGAUGCUGAUCGUGGUAGACGUGUACUUCUGGAUUUCCUAGGGUAGUUUGUUUUCAAGUGAUCAUAUAUACUUGACAAUAUUUAUUUUUUAAAUCAUCAGCAUACUGGAUAAGAUUGUUACGGCUUCAUGGGAUCUUUAACUGAUAUAACUGAAUGUGACAACUUUUUAAUUAAGAUUGGUUUAGUACCAUUUUUAUAUUGUUGUUAAUAUAAUUAUAUUUUGUGCAACCUAUAAAUCAUUUUACAUUAUGGUUUAAAAUAUAAAAUAGUAAGGGGCUCAGAGAAUGUCUUAAUUUUCAAACUGAUAUUGAUGAAAUAUAGAUUUGCCAAUGCAUUGUUUACUUGCUUGGGUAUUUUUUUACUUUUUGGAUAUCACAAACUCAUGCAGUGAAGGCACUGCUAAAACAGCAUGCAUUUGUGCUCAUGCUCUCAACCGUUGGUUUGUCUGAGCCAGAUUUGAUCAUCUAUACCGUCUGCUGGGAUAAGUAUGAAAUAUUUCUGGAUAAUAAAAAAAAUAAAAAAUCAUUCACUCAUCCACUUGAAAUAAUUGUCUUUUUAACAACAUGAAAAUAAAGUUUUAAUAAAGUUUUUAAGAGGAUAUUUUCAGUUUGACCAUGUUGAUAUACCUAUCCUGUUUCUUGUACAGAUGGCAUUAGUUUCCAGGAAUAGCUUCUUGUGAGAUCUGUACGACGUAUUGCUGUCACCUGACCACACAAAAUGAUUAUCAUGUUUAUGGAUCUGCAAACUCCGAAGUUUGUGAAAGUUUGAAAAAAAUAUUUUUCCUAUUUAUUUCUUAUUUCAUUAUUUAGCUUCUUGGCAUGUCAGAAAAUCCAUAAACUGAUCUGUUUUUUUAGUUUCAUGAAGACAUGUCAAGCACUGGAAUUCUUCUCCUUAGUUAAUGUCACAACUUUUCCCAAUAUUUUAUCAAUUUGUGUAACUGACACAUUUAAGAUGUAUGGACUGGUGAUAUGAAGAGAGACAUUAUCACUCAUGAAUGAAGCCAUAUAUUUCAUGUUCUUUAUACUGCAUGUUGGACCUUGUGUCCAAUGAUAAAUAAUACUACAUAUAUUCCCAGUCACAAGCAAUGACAAGAAGGACUGAUUGAACGUAAAAAUGAAAAGGUAAAUUCUAAUUUGCAGAUAAAAGAUUCCAUUUUUCUUUCACCUUCUAAAACCUCUGGGGAAAACACAAAUUUGAGUACCGGUACUUUGGAUUUCUUUCUUUGAUGAUUAUGCCAACUUGUGUUGAGAGAUUUCACUAAAGGUAUUUCAUGAACAAACAUUUGUCACUGCAAAUACUAUUAUUCAGAAAUGACUCCUUGGAACAAAAGUGUUAGUUUUACUUUACACUCAAUACCUUGAGCCCGUAAGCCUGACAAAGGUUUCUUCCACAUCCCAGAAAACAAGCUUCAACAGGACAUUAUAACCAACAAAAUAAUUUUUUUUUUUUUCAAAUGACUCCUCCUUUAGCAUGUUUAGGUCACAAGAUAUUUUUCUUAGGAUUCUUUUCCCAAUAUUUUAUCAAUUUGUGUAACUGACACAUUUAAGAUGUAUGGACUGGUGAUAUGGAGAGAGACAUUAUCACUCAUGAAUGAAGCAAUAUAUUUCAUGUUCUUUAUUCUGCAUGUUGGCCCUUGAGUCCAAUGAUAAAUAAUACUUCAUAUAUCCCCAAGAAGGACUGAUUGAACGUAAAACAGCGAGAACACAAAUUAUCCUGUAUUGACAAAGGGAAUUCUUUUCCUGUAUGAACCUGAUUAGGGCUGGGACGAGUCAAAAUUUACUACCCGGGUACCCACCCCACUAUUACCCGACCCUACCCAGGUACCCAGGGCUCAAGAGAUUGGGAAUAGUUUGACCUUGUCCUUGGGAAAAUGUAUUCAGAUACUCGUAGAAAACGAUCUGGUCAUGCAUUCACAUAAGUUGACUGAAGUUUUAUCUCUAUUCAAACAUAUAAAGUCAGAAGGAAUGCGAGCACAGUCAGAAAGAAAUGUGAACAUUAGUCACUUAUAGUGUAACCG